AUGUCAUCGCACAGUAAUAUAGUAUAAAAAUCAUUGAUAUUGCGGGACAUCUAUUGUUGUAAUAAUCUAAUUGUAGAAAAUAACUUAAAUUUUUCGUAAUUUUAUUAUUUUUUUUUUUUACGUAAAGUAAAGGAAAUAAUUCUCCUUUUUCAUAGAGGUGUAAGUACAUUCAAAUGUAUAAUUUAAAUGUAGUAAAUAUUUUCAUCGAUAGGGAGCAGUAAGAUAGCAGUGCAGGUAUUCUCCAAUCACAUGUGGUAAUGUGUUUCGUUGAUUCGUGGUUUUGUUUCUUAUUUCCUUUUUCCGUUGAAGAAGAACAACUGCAAGAUGGUUAGUGAGUUGUUGGAAAUCUAAUUUUGCUCAAAACAUCCUUCGCAAUUAUUAAUUAUCUGUUUGAUUAUAAUGUUUUCAACUGCAAUUCCCAUAAAAGUAUCAUAACAUUUUUAUUAGCCGUUAGUCACGUUCGAGACGAGAGGCGUGGACAUAACCUCUCGGUCUUCCAUCAUGACGCUCAACAUCUUUCACCUUUAACUGAAAAUUUUUCAUCUUGUCAAUGUCGUUUUUAUGUACAUUAGCAAUUAGUUUCGGACGUAUUGGUUAAUUAAAUUAUACGUCGGUUCCUUUUAAUAGGAAAUCAGUGUUAGGGAAGUAUCGUAAAAUUAUAUUUCCAUUGGCGGCAACAUAAAACAAAACGUGUUGAACGUGAAAAUUUUCAAAAUUUGUCAAAAGUGUUGCAAUGUUAUAAAGGUAGUGUUGUGCUGUUUCAGGUUAAGGUUAAGUGUACUGAUCUGAGGACAAAAGAUAAAAAUGAGCUGCUCAAGCAGGUGAUCGAGCUCAAAACUGAGCUGACAACCCUUCGUGUUGCGAAAGUUACUGGUGGUGCUGCAUCCAAACUUUCGAAAAUACGUGUAGUGAGGAAGGCAAUAGCUAGGGUAUAUAUUAUCAUGCACCAGAAACAGAAGGAAAACUUGCGUUUAUUGUACAAAAAUCACAAGUACAAGCCUUUGGAUUUGAGGCCAAAGAAAACUAGAGCUAUUAGGAGAGCUCUGACGCCUUACCAAGCCAAUAGGAAAACUCCGAAAGAAAUUCGCAAACGAUCUGCUUUCCCUCCAAGGAAGUAUGCUUUAAAGGUCUUCACGGUUAUCAGGUUGUGCUUGGCCAAAUCCACCAGUGUGGCUCCAAUCUCCAGAAUUACGUUGUGUGGUUGGUCCAAUUUUGGCUCCAGAACCAGACCAGAACCAUCCGUUGAUGUUCUGCGGCUGAAGGUCUGGUCUGUCGCAACCAUUGAAGUUGCAUUUGCGUCCGGAUGUCCAGAUAUAUCUCACAUUUCCUACAUGAAAACAGAAAAUGAAGAAAAAUUCACACUAAUAAACACUCACGGUUGGCACAGCUACGUGGAUCAGGAAGGGCUAGUCGGCGUUGAGCAUUCACCACAACAGCGACAAGAACCAACAUCAACCAUAUCGUCUUCAUAUUUGUUGUUGCUGAAUAAACGAAGAGGAGAUAAUCAGAUUUAUGCUUGA